AUGACAGCGGGAGCUACACACACUGAUUCUAUCUCUUUGGGCCCACAAGAUUGCCAGAAGUGCAAGCAAAGGCGCAUCAAGUGUGAUCGUAGCCUUCCUACUUGCAAGAAAUGCGCCAAGAGACAUUACUCGUGUCCUGGAUAUAAUCCAAAGCUACGAUGGGCCAACGCCAUCGCGGUUCGGGGUCGGUUCAAGGGAAAGAAGUUUCCCCCAAGUGACCAAGAUUCAGGGCUCAGCACAACAGCAUGUUAUGACCCAGAGAAGAACCAAACCAGUUAUGGCACAGCCACAGAUAUUUUGAUGAAGCUCCCCAGCGAUAAAACGGUUGCUCACUUGUUGCAUCAUUAUGAUCAGAAAAUAGCCGGUCUGAUGGUCUGGCUAGACUCAGAGAGUAACGCAUAUCGUCGCCUUGUGCUGCCGCUUGCACAACGACACCCAGGUCUCAUGCUUUCAAUUCUUGCUAUAUCAGCCAAACAUCUCUCACAGGUCGGAGAUGCCGAUUCUACGUUCUCCGAAUCGGCAUGCGAUGCAGCGGUUGUGGCCAUAACACAGAGUGUUCAACAAGUCACAACCCGACUUGCACAAGGCCAUGACUUCAGCUCCGAAGGCGAUAUGGAGACUGCGGAAUGGAUGUUGGCAUCCAUGCUUACACUUUCUGGGUAUGAGAUGAUGGGCUCCAAUUCGAUGAAUUGGCAAACACACAGACAAGCGGCUCGGACGUUGGUGAAUGCGCUUGGCAAACAGAAUCGAAGAGACAACGAGCUUUACACGUUUCUACGAAAUCAACUCUCGAUACUCGAUGUCUUCGCAUGUACAACAAACUUUGAUCUGGACAUCGAACAUGGUGCAAUUUUACCAGAUACCACAAGAGGGGAAAUUAUCUUUGGGGAACUCCUCGAGGUCAUCCAUUCUGUGACUGUUGAGUCACGCGCGAUCCUAAACCCAGCCUCUGCCAUCCCUGGACCUACACUAUCGAGGAAUUUGGAAGUGUCUCAGAGGCUUCGUGAUAGAUUCAUGAUAGCUCGUGGCUCCACGUUAAUGGCGGCAGGCUCUUUAAUUCUCGACCUCGAGUGGAGAAAGCGUGACUUCAUCCGUCUCGUUGAUGUCCACCAUCAUGCCGGCUUGCUUCACUCAUAUAGGAGUCUUGGUCUGACUGACUCCAACUCACUGGAAGUUCAAUACUCCUUGAAUCUGCUGGCGGAACUUCUAGAUGGGUUUGAGAAUCCUCUAGCAUGGAUACAGAACUUUCCGUGGCCUGUCUUCAUCCUCGGAACAGAAAGCUAUGGCGAGGCUACUCGACAGGCUUUGGUCAGAUCACAUUAUCAAACGAUAAUCGAGAUGAUGGGUUCUGGUCAUUUUAUUACAGUCCUUAAGUUUCUAGAAGACUUUUGGGCAGGCGAUAAUCCUGAUUGGGCCGUAAGAGCUCGGGAGUGGGAAUUAAGAGGUAUACGGAUCUUGGCCGUUUGA